AUGGGCGACAACAAUGUCAGGUCGUACUUUGCUCCGGCAGGCGGACUGCCGCCGCAGACACAGCUUCUCACCGACCGCGCCAUGUUUACCGAGGCAUACGCCGUGAUCCCAAAGGGCACCUUCAGCGACAUCGUCACGAGCUCUCUGCCCUUCUGGGACCAGACGAGACUGUGGGUGAUUGCCCGUCCGCUGUCGGGCUUCGCGGAAACCUUUUCGCAAUACAUCAUGGAGGUUCAGCCCGGUGGCGGCAGCGACCGCCCCGAACUAGAUGACGGCGCACAAGGCGUACUGUUCGUCGUCGAAGGCAGUGUAACCAUCACCAUGGCAGACGAGAAACACGUCCUCGCCGAAGGCGGCUAUGCCUAUCUGCCGCCGAAAAGCGGCUGGACCCUACGCAACACAGCUGCCACCACGGCCCGUUUCCACUGGAUACGCAAAGCCUAUGAAUACGUCGACGGGCUUGGUACGCCUGAGCCUCUUUUUCUCAACGAAAAUGACAUUGCACCUUGCGAAAUGCUGGGGACCAACGGUGCUUGGGCAACGACACGCUUUGUCGAUCCCUGCGAUCUGCGCCAUGACAUGCAUGUCAACAUUGUCACCUUUGAGCCUGGCGGUGUCAUCCCGUUCGCGGAAACCCACGUCAUGGAACACGGACUCUAUGUGCUGCAAGGCAAAGCCGUCUACCGCCUGAAUCAGGACUGGGUCGAGGUGGAGGCAGGCGACUUCAUGUGGCUGCGCGCCUUUUGCCCGCAGGCGUGCUACGCGGGCGGCCCUGGCAAGUUCCGUUACCUGCUUUACAAGGAUGUGAACCGGCACAUGAAGCUCUCGAGAUAG